AUGAAUUCAGCAGCUCGAAGAAGCGGUGGAGGCCUCUUCGAAGGCAUUUACAGGGUCAUCAUGCGCCGCAACUCCGUCUACGUCACCUUUGUCAUCGCCGGCGCUUUCCUUGGCGAGCGGGCUGUAGAUUAUGGAGUUCAUAAGCUGUGGGAGUACAACAAUGUUGGGUUUGGAAAUAAUAUAAACGAUAUGAAGACAUUUCAGUUUUGGGGCAAAGGCCGUCGGAAGAAUGAGAUCAUCAACGCUUCUCUUCGGUGCGACGGUAAAGGCAGAAUGAAAAUCAGAUAUGGUGGGGAAGCUCCCAUAUACACUAAUCCUGACAUGUUCACACUUGAAGUACACCAUGGGGGCUACUUUGUUGAUGGUUUAUAUUUGGGAGGUAUUGUACAAUGGGUUGAUAGGCAAGAUGCAGAUGAGAUUUCAAUGCUUGAGUUAUUUGAACUGGUUAAACACAUUGGUGAAAAUGAUGAACAUUAUGAAGACGAACACACUGCUCCUGGAUAUGAUGGUGAUGAAGAAAAUGGGCAACAUGAGUUCGUGGAUGCUGAGAUAAAUGAAGAAUUUGGUGAGGCAGAGGAAAAAGUUGAGGUAGAAAGUGAUAAAGCUGAGCAAGGUGGGGAGGAUGAGGAAGAAGAUGAUGAUUUCAUAGAUAGUGAGUUUGAGCAAAGUGAUGAAGAGGACAACAUGAAUUUUCAUAGGUAUGUUGUAACUGAAGAGCAAGAUGAUGGACAUAAAGAACUAAGUGAGAGUGACACUGAUGGUUAUAAUACAUUAGACUUAGAGAGUUUGCAUGAAGAUAGUGGAGAUGAAGAUGGGAAGAAGAGAGGUUUGAGGCAGCCAAGGUUCAAGCAGUACAAUAAACAGCAUGACCUUUUAGAUCCAAAAUUCCACUUGGGUUUGGAGUUUCCUAAUAUGCAGGAAUGUAGAGAGGCCAUAAAGUACUAUGCAUGCAGGUGUGCUAGAAGAAUAAGGUUUGUGAAGAAUGACCCUAAUAGGGUGAGGCUGGUAUGUGAUGGUAAUAAGGAGGGUAAUAAGGCAAAGAGGCCUACUAAGGGUGAAAAAGCAAAGAGGCAUGCUAAGGGUGAUAAGGCAAAGCGUCAUAGUAAAAGUGAUAAUAGUCAGAGGCAUGGUAAAGGUGAAGAAGGUCAAGAGGGUGAAAUUGAAUAUGAAGAUAAACUUGAAGACUGUCCUUGGUUUGAUGAGGAUCUCAGAACCAAUCCUAACAUGUCAGUUGCUGAGUUCAUGACAUUGGUGAGGAAACAUUACAGUAUAGAUGUUACUAGGGACCAAUGCUACAAGGCAAAGAAUUUGGCAAAAGAGAGGAUUCAAGGAAGCAUUGAAGAACAAUAUUCAAAGUUAUGA